CAGCCAACGGGUUGGCUCUGUGGUCGGGCUGCUCUUUCUAUGGGAGGAAAAGCACUUUUCUCCGUCCCCGCGGCCUCCGUACGUUUUUUUCACAUUGGGUACGUGAAACAUACGUCAACACGGGCGAGUAACGGGCCUCCGGCUGUCGCUUUUUAACGAUUUUCUGGGAAAUCGGCCGUCGAUCUUGCGUCUCGUUGAUUCGCGAGAGAGAGAGAGAGAGAGAGACAUCGGGAGAGGCUAUAAUUGCCUGGUGUCAGUAAACGAAAGAGCGAGAGAGAAAGAGAGAGACGGAGAUCUGGUGAGCCGUUGUCUUGGGUUAAUAAAUCACGUCGUCAAUCAUAUGGCAAGAGAGAGAAUAAGCGAGUCGUCAUAAAUUCCACAUCGCAGUUCCGCCUCGUCUGCACUUCUUUUCUACACUUCGUCGCUGCAAAGCUAAGCGAGCCGUGUAAUUAGACUUGUCAGCGCGAAGAGAACACGAGGCUCCAGGAAGGUGGAGAGAAGUGCAGCCGAGAGGAAUCGGAUCGUCGAGAGUCAUUCGUUAGUUAACACUCACACACACACAGCACGUCACAUAAUCGCAGCUACAAAUAUGUUUAUUUGGGACUGGUUUGCUGGAGUGCUGAAUUAUCUUGGAUUGUGGAAGAAGAGUGGCAAGCUUCUCUUCCUAGGCUUGGAUAAUGCAGGUAAAACCACAUUGCUUCACAUGCUCAAGGAUGACCGUUUAGCUCAACAUGUGCCCACGCUACAUCCAACAUCUGAAGAAUUGUCUAUCGGAAAUAUGAGAUUCACAACCUUUGAUCUUGGGGGUCAUACUCAAGCACGUCGCGUAUGGAAGGAUUACUUCCCAGCUGUCGACGCGAUAGUGUUCCUUGUCGACGCCAGCGACAAAACAAGAUUACCAGAAUCAAAAGCCGAGCUGGAUGCGUUGCUAACUGACGAGCAGCUCAGUGCAUGUCCGGUUCUCGUGCUAGGCAAUAAAAUUGACAAACCAUCCGCGGCUUCUGAAGAUGAACUCAGAAACUUCUUUAAUCUAUAUGGACAAACAACAGGAAAGGGUAAAAUUGCUCGCAGCGAGAUACCCGGCCGUCCGCUGGAGCUGUUCAUGUGCUCAGUCCUGAAGCGACAGGGAUAUGGGGAAGGCUUCCGUUGGCUUGCACAGUAUAUCGAUUGAACGUACAUAUUACUAUACAUGACAGAUUCUCAACAGUUUCAUCAUACAUUUCCCUUUCCUGUGGUAACGGUGCCGCUACCGGGACUGUAAUCUUCACAUGAAUUCAACAGUAGGAGAGGACCGUUUCAUCGAAAAAGGAAAAAAACAAGGAACAAGCAGUAAUCGAAAUUUAAGACGAUUUUCACAAAUAGAGACACCGAGACGAUUAUUCUCGAGAACAUAUUGUAUGUACGCGCGAGGGAUAGGACAGAUUUCCUUUCUUUGACGCUGGUACACGAUAAACUCGACGAACGUCAUCUCUUUUUUUUUUUUUUUUUUUUUUUCCCGAAUACUUCGAGCUCCGUACGGAUUCUAUGGAAACCUAUCAUUUUGCGAGUCAUAUUAGGGGAAUGAUCAUUGAUACGUGCUGAAGAAUGAAAUAAAAACAUUUUGAUAAAAUAAAACUAAUAAACUAUUUAAGAAUUCCAAGUGUUUUGUAGAUUUAUUUUUAGUGACGUUAGACUCAAAGAGAAAUAAUGCAGAGUAAUAUAUCGUAUGCAAUCGUAAGUGUCGCUUUUCGAAAGUUGAGAGCUUAUAGUACGUAAAUUAUGAAGAUUUAGAUUGAUUUGUUUAACUAUAGUACUCUCUCCACAUGUGCUCUUUGCUUUUCGUUUCAUUAAUUUAAAAUUUAAUAUUUAUCACUGAAUCACUGAACGACACUGCUAAAUGACGUUUACUUUUAUGUUGUGUUUUUAUUUAUAGUCUUGCAUUUGUGCCAAUAUUUUAUAUUCUUUGAAAUUUAUCAUUUAAAAAGUGCAGGAUAUGUUGUAUGGAUAAUUUUCCCUUUUGGUAAUAGUUACGAAAAUCUAUUAAACCAAUUGAAAUUAUUAGAUAGGACAAUUGUAUCGGUUUUUUUAGCUAAUUGUGAAAUCGCGUAUCAUAAUUAACAGCUGCUAUAUUGUUUAAAUACUACGGCAUAUAUCAUGCUUGAUAUUCCAGAAUAAUCUUCAAUUAUACAUAUGUAAAUUAAGUUACUGUUAUAAGUUGAGGCUGUUCAUAACUUACAUAGAUAGCGGGAAAAUUUUGUUAAUUUGUUGAUGGUAAAUCUAGUUUAUAAAUCCUGAAGAGUUGCUUCCAAAAUAAAAACAAAGUUACAAACACGAA